AUGGCUCGUGGAAAGAAAGGAAAGACAAACAAGGCGGUAGAGUCGAGCCACAGCGCGGGCAACACAAGCUCUUCACAGGUUGGCGCCCACUCAACUCAACACAACGUCCUACCAUUACGGAUCUCCAACAACACUGCUACCGCCGCGAUCGCCAAGAGUACCAAGCGUCGCGUCGAACGAGCAAUGUCAGACAGCCAACACGCUUCCGGAAGCGGAGAUGGUAUCGAGCCUCAAAUGGCAUCCAUGGAGAAUGAUCGACCAGCUAAGAAGCUGAAGCUCACAGCCGGUGUCUUGCGGGAUUGGGCUUUCAUUGGAGUUCUUAUUGAUGAGCCUACCCUUGAAGUGUUUGCCCGAUUUGCGAGCGAUGAUCGAGUCUGGGCCAAGGCCGUCCCAAAGGAAGGAGCUCCUGAUAUCGGCAAUAUCAAUCACGUUAACAUGUCGAAGGUGGAGCUUAGCACUAAGGUUAUCCAACACUAUGGACAGGAUACCACCAAUGUCCCGAAGAAUGAUAUUGUGCGUAACUUCUUGAGCGCGAAUCUCGUAUAUGAUCCUCCAUAUCUUGAGGUUGGAACUAGGUCCGGACUCAAUUCGAGCCCCGUAUACGCCAAAGUGAUCCGCAAUGGCAAAUACAGAUCACUGCUAUUCUUCCUUGAGAAGAACACCUUCGAUAUUGAGAAGUCCAUCAACACCGAUCAAAUUAAGUUCGGUCUUGAUUACGAGAAGGCAACCUUGAAGAAUACCACGGAUUAUAUCAAUGACCUCUUCAAGAUGAAGUAUAAGUCUGUCGUUACUGGUCCGCCCAAUCCUAUCAUCCCUCGCCCAGCAGCCGAUGGUCCCAGAAACGAACCCAGACCUGCUCCAGGACUCGCCCCACCCGCUCUGAACAUUGGUCCCAGCAACGAACCCAGACCUGCUCCACAACAAGCCCCUCCUGCUGUGAAGGUUGGUCCCAUGGACAUGGGCUUGACAAACCUUCAAGUCUCUAUGGCCAAUUUGCGACAGGCGGGAGAGCUAUAUGAGAAGAAUAUCACCGCCCAAGACAUCGUCAUUGGGGGUCUCAAGAAGACGGUCGCUGACCAGGACAUCGCCAUUGCCGAUCUCGAAAGACGUGUAGCACUUGACGAGAAACUCAGAGCCGAGCAAGAGAAGCGUCUGGCCGAGGGCAACAAGACUAUCAAGAAGCACGAGGCAACUAUCUCUAAUCUUGAGGUUUCGUUGAAGGAGGCAGGAGAAACUGUCACCAACAUCAGAAAUGCCAUUAACAAGCAUCAAGACAAUGGCAAUGACGAGGAGGAGCCGAGUACGAACAAGGGCAAGGCGGUUGCUGGCUCAUCGAAGAAGAAGACUGCCAAAUAG